AGAAAGUCAGUUGCUGUGCAAUUGUGGCGCCGAUCGGUUCAGUGAGUGAAAGCGUUCCCCUUUAGCGGAGAGUGAGAGUAACGGAGAGAGAGUGCGGAACCAACGCUUAAUUGGCAAAUUGAAGAACUGAGAGCCCGUGUGCCACUGCUAAUUUUGGACUCUUUCCCGAGGGAAUUGCAUUGAGAAAGCGCAGAGAUGGCCGAUGAAGCACAAGCACCACCAGCUGAGGGCGCACCACCAGCCGAGGGCGAGGCGCCACCACCAGCCGAGGGGGCAGAGGGCGCCGUCGAGGGCGGAGAGCCCGCUCCUCCGGCAGAGCCCGCCGAGCCCAUCAAGCACAGCUACACGCUCUUCUACUUCAACGUGAAGGCGUUGGCCGAGCCCCUGCGCUACCUGUUCGCCUACGGCAACCAGGAGUACGAGGAUGUCCGCGUCACCCGCGACGAGUGGCCAGCCCUGAAGCCAACCAUGCCCAUGGGCCAGAUGCCCGUGCUGGAGGUGGACGGCAAGCGUGUGCACCAGAGCAUCUCGAUGGCCCGAUUCCUGGCCAAGACCGUCGGCCUGUGCGGCGCCACUCCGUGGGAGGACCUGCAGAUCGACAUUGUGGUGGACACCAUCAACGACUUCCGUCUAAAAAUUGCAGUCGUCUCGUACGAGCCGGAGGACGAGAUCAAGGAGAAGAAGUUGGUCACCCUGAAUGCGGAGGUCAUUCCAUUCUACCUGGAGAAGCUCGAGCAGACCGUCAAGGACAACGAUGGUCACCUGGCUCUGGGCAAGCUGACCUGGGCCGAUGUCUACUUUGCAGGCAUCACCGACUACAUGAACUACAUGGUCAAGCGCGAUCUGCUGGAGCCCUACCCAGCUCUGCGCGGUGUCGUGGAUGCCAUCAACGCUUUGGAACCGAUCAAGGCCUGGAUCGAGAAGCGCCCUGUCACCGAGGUCUAAGUUCCCCGCACAGAACUUGGGAGGAGGGAAACUAUUGCACACCACUCAGACACACCCGCACUGCAGACAUGCACACCAACCACAUCCGUACACAUUUUGUUCCUUUUUGCGGAGGAUCCGAGGAGCAGCGGACUUUCGCACGGGGUCAUAGACGCGUAGGAGUUUAGCACGUAUCACUAUCGACAAAUCGUAUUUGUCUUACUUUCUUGGUUAUAAUUCUCUUUGCAUGGCGCUAUAUACAUAUUUCUAUUGGGAUCCGCCAGCGGAUCGCCGUUCGUUAGCUUCUUCUGAAAUAAUGAAAGAUAAUACUUAUUGCACAGUUUAUAAUAUUUUGGCCUACUUUUAGAAAAUACAUUUAGCGCACCUAUGCUGACGCUUACUGUAGCUAUAUAUAUAUACAAAAUCUACGAGUGGUUCAUCUUUUAGAUGUAUUCUAUUAUAUUUAAUUCACUGCGAAGAGCUCAACAAAUAUUUAAACAAAUGCAGCGAAAGCUGAGAAGCAAUUACAAACAAAUUUAAAGUUUUUGUUUUUUGCAACACGUUAUCGCGGCCCCAGGAAUUUUCUUCGUCUCAUCCAGUUCCCAAUUAAGUAAACCUAAAAAAAAGACUCACUACAAUAGAACCGGAUACCUUAUAAAUUAACCAAUGUCAACCCAUAAGGAAGAUCUAUUAUAAGAACAGACUUUAACUGCCAAAAUUUCGAAUGCACCCAAUCACACACAUCAAUUUAUACAUUUUAUUUAUGAAAAUUUGUAAUUGUAUUUUUUAAAUAUUUUCACAAAACACUUUUAAAUAAACUAAACACCUAAAAAGGAAUGAGCACUUUUCGAAAGCA